CAAGCACCUUUUUUGUCUUAAGAUCUCUCUCACCACCUUUGACGACCCACCCCGAAUCAUGGCUGCUAACGACUACUACAAAGGACAGCAACAACAACAAUAUUACCCUCCUCAAGGCGGGCCUCAGCAAGCGCAGGGUGGCUACUAUCCUCAGCAACCCCAGAACGCCUAUCAACAACCGGGUUACGGCGGUCAGCCUCAAUACGGCCCCCCACAGGGUUACCCCCAACAGGGAUAUCAGCCCAGUCCUCAGCCCCAGACCGUCUACGUCCAACAACCUGCUCAGCAACAAUCAGGUGGUGGUGGCGGGUGCAUGGCCUGUUUAGCAGGAAUGUGUUUGUGCUGCUGUGCCGAAGAAUUGUGCGAGUGUCUGCUGUAGGCAUCGUAGGACCUGCGGAGGAAUACCACAUAAGUUUUUUUGCCUACGAGCCGUUGUAUUCCUGGACUACUUCAUCUCCCGAUUGCAUUACCCGCAUAAUUUAUCUAUGCUCAACGAAUGUUCGGCUGUGGCUUAAGCGCUCAAAUAAGAUCCGAAUACAAUAAGUACCCGGCUCGGCGGCUCCUCAAUAUGCGAAGAUGGCGGCCUAGGCGCAUCACCAACAAGCAACAACAAAGGCUGUCAUCAGCUCGCUAUGAUUGGGCGGAGAGAACCGGAGAUGUAAAGUCACAGACUCGCAUCCUUCGUCACAUCCUUUCGGUCCAACCACAAAAUGCUGUCCAGGCGCCUGGGUGCAGGAGCGCUCAGCAGGGCCAUUCCUUCCCCUGCUCUUCGGUCCAAAAAUGCCUUCCAUAUUGCUCGCCCAUUUGCGGUCCGUAACGCAUCCACCGCGUCCUCUUCCUCGGCAUUUGAGUCGUUCUUGAACUCUCGCGCGACUCUCGUCUCUCUGUCCCUCUUUACUGCUGGUUCGGUUGCGUGGUACACUCAUCUCUACGGAUCUCUUCCCUUCCUCUCGCAAGUGCACGCUAGCCACGCCAGUGACGAGGGACUUCAUCCCCCCGAGUACCCCUGGUCGCACAAAGGGUUUGUGGACACUUUCGACCACGCUAGCAUUCGGAGAGGAUAUCAGGUCUACAGAGAGGUCUGCGCCGCCUGUCACUCGCUCGACCGUAUUGCUUGGCGUAAUUUGGUCGGUGUUUCGCACACCGCCGAUGAGGCCAGAGCGAUGGCCGAGGACAUCGAAUACACGGACGGCCCCGACGAUGAAGGCGAAAUGUUCCAACGUCCUGGAAAGCUUGCCGACUAUAUGCCUCCACCUUAUGCCAACGAGGAAGCCGCAAGAGCCGGCAACGCUGGUGCCCUCCCUCCGGAUUUGAGCUUGAUCGUCAAGGCCCGUCACGGUGGUGCUGACUACAUCUUCGCUCUACUGACCGGAUACAUCGACGCACCCGCUGGCGUCGAAAUCCGUGAGGGCAUGAACUACAACCCGUUCUUCCCCGGAGGUGCUAUCGGUAUGGCCCGUGUUCUGUUUGAUGGAUUGGUCGAGUACGAGGACGGCACACCGGCAACCACGUCCCAAAUGGCGAAGGAUGUCGUGACAUUCUUGAACUGGGCUGCUGAGCCUGAACAUGACGAGCGGAAAAAGAACGGCAUCAAGGCUGUCAUCCUCUUCUCUGCGUUGACCUUGAUCAGUCUCUACGUCAAGCGCUUCAAGUGGACCCCCAUCAAGAACAGGAAAAUCUUAUACGACCCUCCUGUAGACAAGACUCAUUAGAAGUCAAGAGCCUGUUCUUGCGACCUAUCCAUAAAGCCUGUGAAAUAAUGAUAGCUUUUACUGGACGCUUCGCGUGCUUCAUGCAUGAGCCAUACCUUUCACGGGCCCGCCCGGUCAUAGCUCUGAAUGAUUCACGUUCACGAGAAAUCAUAGAAGAUAUGUAGGGAAGAGGCUUGUAGGUGUAGUUAUCUUCAAUAGAACAGUAGAUUGCUCGGG